AUGUCCUCGGUCGACAUCGCCGCAAUUGAAGAACAGAUGAAAAUGGCCGCCCUAGACGGUCUUCGAGGUUACGCACAGAACCACUACGGCGAGGUUCAACAAUACCGAAGCACAGACUACAUCCCGCAGUCCGCCGCUGGCGGCUACCAAGUACUACGGGAACCUCUGUGGAACAAAGGACUGUCUUUUACUCCAGAUGAGCGUGUCUCUAAGAACCUCACAGGUCUAUUACCGCAUGCAAUGGAGAACGUUGAGACCCAGGUCGCCCGCUGCAUGAAGGUGAUCAACUCCAGGCAGACCAAUGUCGACAAGUACCUGUACCUGUCGCAUCUCAAGACUCAAAACUUGGAUCUGUUCUACAGGGUGCUUAUCGACAAUGUUCGGGAGUUAAUGCCGUUGGUCUACACCCCUACUAUCGGCGAUGUGUGCCUGCAGUACUCCACGCUCUACACUCACCCGGAGGCGUUGUACAUCUCCAUCAAGCAGCGCCGGUCAAUCAGGACAAUCCUGCGCAACUGGCCUUAUCCGGAUCCCGAAAUCUGCGUGGUAACGGACGGAUCCCGCAUUUUGGGGUUGGGGGAUCUCGGUAUGAAUGGUGUGGGGAUCUCUAUCGGCAAGCUGGCCCUGUAUACCGGUGCCGCCGGUAUCCACCCCGGAAAGACUCUGCCCAUUGUUCUGGACUCCGGUACCAACAAUGAGUCCAACCUGAAGGACCCCCUGUAUCUGGGUCUCCGGGCUAGACGUCCUUCGCCUGCCGUCGCCCAGGAGUUCAUGGAUGAGUUUAUGGAGGCUGCCGCUGAGGUUUUCCCUAACAUGCUUGUCCAGUUCGAAGACUUCGAGACUGAGAAGGCUUUCAACUACUUGGCCCGCUACCGCAACAAGUACAAGUGCUUCAACGAUGACAUCCAGGGAACUGGUGCCGUCGUGUUGGCUGGAUACAUCGGUGCUGUUAACCUGUCCGGUGUUCCCAUUGAGGAGCAGCGUCUAGUGUUUAUGGGUGCUGGUUCGGCCGGUGUCGGUGUCGCGAAGCAGUUGGUUGAGUACUAUACGCGUCGCGGUCUCUCAGAACAAGCUGCGAAAGAAAAGUUCUGGCUUGUCGACACCAAGGGCUUGGUUACCGUGGACCGAGGCGACAAGCUAGCGGAGCACAAGAAGUACUUCGCCCGCUCCGAUAACAACGGCCACCAAUUCCGCACCCUCGAGGAAGUCAUCGAGUAUGUAAGGCCGUCCGCCCUCGUGGGUCUUACUGCGACUUUCGGCGUCUUCACCGAGUCUGUCGUCCGUGCUCUCAAGGCCUCUGUCGACUCUGCCGGCUCCGGAAGGCGACCCAUCCUCUUCCCUCUCAGCAACCCUCUCACGAAGGCUGAAUGCACAUUCGAGCAAGCCGUCCAGUGGACGGACGGUACUGUCAUCUUCGCAUCCGGUUCUCCGUUUGCGCCGUUCGCCGUAAAGGCCGGUGAGCACGCGGUGACCUACUGGCCGAACCAAGGCAACAACGUCUACGUCUUCCCCGGUCUAGGUCUCGGUGCUAUCCUCGCCAAGGCAUCCAAGAUCACCGACGAGAUGGUCUACACCUCGGCCUCCUCGUUGGCCGAGUCUCUAAACGCCGAAGAGGUUCACAAGGGCCUGAUUUACCCGAAUAUCGAGCGCGUCCGGGAUGCCAGCGUCAUCGUCGCCCGGGAAGUUAUGAAGGCCGCCCGCAGGGAAGGCGUCAGCGAUCUCCCGGAAGAGCAAUGGGUCGAAUGGGAAGAAUGGGGCGACGUAGCCCUGACGAAGUACAUCAAGGAGAGGAUAUACGACCCUCUCAAGUAA